ACUAGAAAAUGAAUCUUUAAGAUGAACAUUCAAGAUGAACCUUUAAGGAUUUAAGUAUAACUGACGAAUCAAAUAAACUACUUUAUGAGUUUUCUAAAAGACACAUGCUACCUCUUAAUUCUUAUCUGCGCACCUAUACAUUAAAACAUCUAUAGAAUAACAAGUGGAAUGUCAUCCCGUUUCGUGUCGGGCGGCACCAUCGCCGGCGACGACGGUGAACCGCAGCAGUCCGCAUCCGUGCCACCUUCAAGCAAGACGCAGGAAGCGCCGGAAACACAGAAAUGGGACAAGGAAACCAUUAAGAGAAACGCCGAAUGGGAAGCCGUGCAACGCGACCUCGAAGCUGACCGCCGGAGACGCGAAGAGGCGCGUAGGGCACAGGUCGAGGGGGGUCUUGGUGGGGAGAAUAAGACCUUGUAUGACAUUUUACAAGCGAAUAAAGCGGCUAAGCAGGCUGCAUUCGAGGAGAAGACUCGUAUCAGCAAUCAGUUCCGCGCGCUGGACGACGAUGAGAUCGACUUUCUGGAAGGCAUGCGUGAUGAGCGACGCGUUGAGGAAGAGAGGGUCAAGCGUGAGACGGAGGAGAGGUUGGCUCGUUUCCGACAGGCGCAAAAGGCUACCGGGACUACUACUUCUUCGGGGGAUGCCGAAGACGGGGAUGCCGUGCAUGAAGGUAUCGAUGGUGAUGUCGGGGCAUGGACCGGCGGGGCAAAGAAGCGAAAGAGGCCGGAUAAGGAGGUGAAGACCAUUGUUAAGGGUGUGAAAAGGAGAGCUAGUGGGUCGGAGAAGGAAGUUGAACGAGCUGCCGCACCGGAUACGAGGCCGGAAGGGCUGAAGGCAAAGUCGGAAUCAAAGCCUAUACCGAAUGUCAGGGCAAACUCUGACCCGAAGUCUUCGAAACCCAUAGAGGAGAAAAUGGUGCAGGAGGAGCCAAAACCUAAACCGAAGCUUGGCCUGGUGGAUUAUGGCUCCGACGAGGAUGACGAUGAUUAACGCACCUCGACUGAAGCUUCAUGCUACUAAUUCAUAAUGGCUAUUCACUUACCGCCGCCAUAAUCCCUGCUACUCGAGCCUUGACACAGGUUGAGACCUAAUAUCAAUUGGGAACUAAAGAGAUAUCUGACGAGAUAUAUGUACGAUGGGUGAACUCAACGUCUGGUAUGAGAAUCAACGAACUAAUCGAGAGACUGAUAAUUGAGACCUACGACUAUGGUGGGUAAUAUAUACUACAAAGACCAGACCUGUCAUCCAAGGUGUUCGACUACUAUGCUCUAAUAUGAAGAGUCAACCCACCAACUCUACAAACUACUCUUGUUAUAGCGGAUACAAAGAGCAAUGCCACAUAUCACAUAUACAAUGUACGAAUAAGACAAUAAUUAGCUGAGAAAUAGUGCUCCAGAGUUGUGAAUUU